AUGCUAACUAGGAAAAGUUUCGCCAUUUUUAAACGACAUUCAAGCUCAUUUUAUGCUGAAGCUAGUAAAAAAUGGGCUGGUACAAGAGCGAUGCAAGAAUUAGUUCAAAGUAAACCUUCAGUAGUAGGAUUAGGUUCCGGGUCCACUAUCGUGUAUGCUAUUGAGCAUUUGGCAAAGACAGAUUUAGCUAGAACAGUGACAUGCAUACCAACAAGUUUUCAGACUCGCCAGUUAAUCCUUGCACAUAGUCUCAAGUUAGGCUCAUUGGAACAAUAUCCCAUCAUCGAUAUUACUAUUGAUGGCGCAGACGAGAUUGAUCCACGUUUAAAUGCUAUCAAAGGAGGGGGUGCCUGUUUAUUUCAAGAAAGACUGGUGGCACAAUCCUCGCGUAGAUUUUUGCUUGUCGCAGAUGCAACCAAAAAAUCUAAAAAACUCGGAACACAGUGGAGACGUGGCGUACCAGUCGAAGUUGUUCCUCUAGCACUGAAUGCCAUUACAUACUCGCUUCAACGCAUCUUUCCUGAUGUGCAUAUUCAGCUUCGAAUGGCAACACCUACUGAUAAAGCUGGCCCUGUUGUCACAGAUAACGGGAAUUUGAUUCUAGAUUGUGACUUCGGACCUAUUGACGACCCUGUUUUAUUAUACAAAGAAAUCAAAUGUUUGUCUGGGAUCUUGGACGUUGGCCUAUUUUGUAAAAUGGCAGAAGCAGCAUACAUAGGGGACCUUAAAGGAGAUGAAGGGGUGAUACUGACUAAAGAUUGA